AUGGGCAGUACUACACAAAUGAGCGAUUAUCUAGUAUCAACAACAACAACUUCUUCAGCAUCAUCAAUGGUAACAAUGACAUCACAAAUUGAAAACAAUAGUUUAAAUAGCAACGAUAACACUAACACCACCAACAAUAACAACAAUAACAACAAUAACAACAACAACAACAACAACAAUAACAACAACAACAACAAUAAUAAUAAUAUUAAUAAUAAUAAUAAUAAUGGUGGUAUGGUUGGAGUUAAUCAUAAAACACAUAAAAAGACUGCUUCGAUUGGUGGAGGAAAGAAUAGGGCGAUACUUCAUGAUUUUACAUUUUCUUAUUUUAUACCAAAUCAAAAUAGAUCAGAAGAUAAUAGCAAUGAAAAUGAAUUGGGUUUAAAUAAUCAUAAUGUUCAACAUCAAGGUCCAAUAAUUCAUUUAACAAAAAAUUUAUUACAUUUUUAUAAAAAGUGUAAUUCCAAUUUCAAUUAUAUAUCAUCUUUAAAUCCAAGACGUGUUUUAACACAUCCAAGUGAACCAUUAUCAAACGAUGGGUAUGAUAAUGUUAAUUCCGAUUAUAUUGUUUAUGUUAAUGAUAUUAUUACCAAUAACGAAAGUGGUCAAAAAUAUAAGGUUUUAGAUUCAUUAGGUCAAGGUACAUUUGGUCAAGUUGUUAAAUGCAAAAAUUGUGAUACUGAUGAAUUGGUAGCCAUCAAAAUUUUAAAAAAUAAACAAGCAUAUUUUCAACAAGGUCGUUUAGAAAUUCAAACUUUAAAAUCUUUAAAUGAUCAACAUGAUCCAGAAGAUAAAAAUCAUAUUUUAAGAUUAUUAGAUUCAUUUAUACACAAGAUGCAUUUAUGUAUUGUUUUUGAAUUACUUAGUGUUAAUUUAUUUGAAUUAAUUAAACAAAAUAAUUUUAGAGGACUUUCAACCAAUUUAAUUAAAGUAUUUUUAAUUCAAAUAUUGGAUGCAUUAAUAGUUUUAGCAAAUGCAAAUAUAAUUCAUUGUGAUUUAAAACCUGAAAAUAUUUUAUUACAAAAUGUUAAUUCACCAGCAAUAAAAAUUAUAGAUUUUGGAUCUGCUUGUUAUGAAAAAUCAACACUUUAUACAUAUAUACAGUCAAGACAUUAUAGAUCACCAGAAGUAUUGGUUGGAACAGUUUAUUGUGCAUCAAUUGAUAUGUGGUCAUUGGGAUGUAUUUCAGCAGAGUUAUUUUUAGGAUUACCAUUGUUCCCUGGUAAUUCAGAGUAUAAUCAAAUUUCAAGAAUCGUUGAGAUGCGUGGUAUAUUUCCAUCAGAUUUAUUGGAUAAAGGAAAGAGUAGUACUAGAUAUUUUCAUAGACAUUUAGGUAGUAACUCUGAUGAUAAUAAUAAUAAUAAUAAUAAUAAUAAUGGUAAACCCUAUUAUUAUACUUUGAAAUCGGAAGAGGAUUACCAAAGAGAUUCAAAAACAACUUUACUUCCAUCAAAAAAAUAUUUUAAUUAUAAAACUUUACCUGAAAUUAUUCAAAAUUAUGGUUUCAAAAAAAGUAUGUCACCUCAAGAUAUUGAAAAAGAAAAACAACAUAGAAUAGUAUUCACAGAUUUUAUAAAUGGUUUAUUACAAUUAGAUCCAAAUGAAAGAUGGUCGCCAAUGCAGGCAAAAGAACAUCCAUUUAUAACGGGUCAACCUUAUAAUGGGCCAUUUAUACCUGAUCCAUCAAAGAAACGACAUUUUACUUAUAGCCAACCAAAACAAAUACCUCAACAUUCAAUGUUAAAUGGAAAUCAAAUUUUAAAUCAACACCAACUUUUUCAACAAUUACAACAACAACAACAACAACAACAACAACAACAACAACAACAACAACAACAACAACAACAACAACAACAACAACAACAACAACAACAACAGCAUAAUCAAUUUCAACAACAACAACAACAACAACAACAACAACAACAAUCAUCAUCACAACAACAUAUACAGAUUCAACCACUUCAACUAUUUAGUACACCUUAUACAUCGACAAAUAAUACACCAAAUCUUAGUAGUAGUAAUAGUGGCAGUAGUUUAAAUAAUUUAAAGAAAUUAAAUUUACCACCUUUUAAGCAACAACAACAGCAACAAUUUUCAACAUCACAAAACUCUGAUUCAUUUAACUUUCCGAAUGAAUCUUUUUCACCAAGAGGCAUAUAUAUUCCAUCAUCUGCUUCAAAUAUACAACAACAACAACAACCUAUUAAUAUAAACAAUAACCAAAAUGGUGUUGGAUCUCAAGUUUCUCAAUUGGCACUCGGUCAAAGUCCAUCAUUAUUUGGUACACCAACUAACAUUUAUCCACCUUAUAGUUCGAUGUACAAUAAUUCACCAGUUGCCACACCAAAUUCACUUUCUUUUUAUGGUUCUUCAUGGGGUUCCGACAGUAGUAGCAUUUCAUUAAAUCCUUCAACACCAACCCAAAAGCAAAUGUUUCAACAACAGCAAUAUAGUAAUAAUAAUAAUAAUAAUAAUAAUAAUAAUAAUAAUAACAGUAACAAUAACAAUGGCAAUAACACUAACAACAUUAAUAGUAAUAAUAAUAAUAAUAAUGUUAAUAGAAGGAACAGAAGUAAGAGUGAUAUUCCAUCAGAUUCAUUUUCAAGUUCAGAGGGAAUGGAUCCACAAUUUAAUUUAUAUCAACAACAACAACAACAACAACAACAACAACAACAACAACAACAACAACAACAACAACAACAACAACAACAACAACAACAACAACAACAACAACAACAGCAAUUGCAGUACCAACAACAAUUCCAAACACUUCAAGAUCUCAACAUUGAAGGUGAAAAACCUCCGAUAUACCCAAAUUCACCUCACAGAAAAAGAUCUCAUUCAGGUUAUCUCGAUCAAUAUGCAAAUGGUUAUAAUUCACAACAAACAAACAAUACACAGCAACAGCAACAGCAGCAACAGCAACAACAGCAACAGCAGCAACAGCAACAACAGCAACAACAACAUCCAUCAUUUUUCUCAACAAGAAUGCAUUUGGAUCAUUUCAAUGGUGGGAGUAGAUAUAGAUCACAGAGCUAUGGAGAUCAACAAUUUCAACAACAGCAAUAUAAACAACAACAAAAGAAUUUGCACCAUCAGCAACAACAACAACAAAGAUUUAUGCAAGUUGGAUCUCCACCUACUUCCCAUUUAUCACCUCCAAUACCACAAUCACCUUUGAUGAUGUCACAACCACUUCAUCAAACAUAUAUUCCUCAACAACAACAACAACAACAACAGCAGCAACAACAAUCACAACCAACUCCAUUUACACCUCAAAUGAUAUCACAAGAACCAAUAAGCCCAGCAUUGAUGGGUGAUGCAUCUUCUAUUUGGAAUCCCUCACCAACCGAGGAAUUAUUGUUUACAAUCGAUUUACCAAAUCAACAAAAUACACCACAUCUUACACCAUCAAAUUCGAGUACUAAUCUUUUAGGUAAAUCUGCAUCAUCACCAUUAAAGAAUUCAAGUGGUGGUGCGAUACCACCAACACCAACCAUUCCUAUUAAUAUGGAGGAAAUUAAUAAUGGAUUUUCAAAGUUUCAUUUCAAUGAUCAACCCAGUUGGAAUAGUAAUGGAAAUAGUCCUUGGAUGAUACAACAACAACAACAACAUCAACAAGGUUUUAAUGGUAAUAGUGAAUCAAUGUAUAAUGAUGAUUUAAUUGGUUUUAGUCCUUAUAAUAAUUAUUCAAAUGAUUAUAGACCACAACUGUUUAAUAAACAAUCACCACCUUCUUCCUAUAAUAGUAAUAAAUCGUUUUAUGGUGGUAGUGGUGGUGGUGGUAAUAAUAAUAACAAUAAUAAUAGUAGACCAACAAACCAAAACUUUUCAAAUUCAUUACUUCCAUCACAACAGCAAAAUGUAAUAUUUCCUCAAAAUUCACCACCUUCUUCAUAUAAUAGCAGCAAUAGUUUAAGUAAAUCUGGUGGAAAUACUGUAAAGAAUAAUAGUAAUACAGGAGGCAGACCCAGAGGUGAUUCUAUGAAACAAAGAUUCAAUAGCACCAAUAAUUUAUUAAGUGGUGGUAGUUAUCAGUACCAACAACAACAACAACAACAACAACAACAACAACAACAACAACAACAACAACAACAACAACAACAACAACAACAACAACAACAACAACAACAAUAUAAAAAAGAUACUCCUUCUCUCAUGAUGUCACCACCUAUGAAUGGUUUAAAAACCAGUUCAGAGAUUGGUAUUCCAUCUGAAGAAAUUAGAUACCAAUAUCAACAACAACAAUUACAACAACAAUUUCAACAGCAACAACAACAACAGCAACAGCAACAAAUUCAACAGCAAUUACAGCAACAGCAAGCUCCUCCACAAAAUAGAAAACAGGUUGUUAUUGGUUCAUAUAGAGAGACAUAA